GCUAGUCUUUGGGUGUCUGGAAUAAACGCCAUGUUCAGACACAGUAACCCCGAUAACUGAGCUCCCUGGGCAGAUGAUUGACUUUUGAAUGGAAUCUGUAUGUUGUAAAGAGGGUGCAACUGAUCAUCGCUUGCUGGUGAAUUUGGAUUCAUCAUUCAGGGCAACGGAUAUACAGAGGAAUAUUAAGGCUUUCUUGGGAAUAACCACUGCAGGUGUGGUGAAGGUAAAGAGGUGCCGACCUGGAUGGAUUGUUGAAUAGCUGGAGCGACAUCUGGAAUAUCACCUCAGACUGAUGGAGGGCUGAAGGCUUUUGUGGAUCAGAUGCCGUCACCGUUUUUGAAUUCACUAUGGCAUUCAAACCACGUGCAUGCAGGCAGCCCCGAGAGCAACAACAACAUGGCGAGCCUGGGGCUCACAUAUGAAGGGUGUAAUUUCUUUAGGCAAAGGCUCAUUUUAUCCACACUGACUGGAAAAUGGGUCAAAAUCAAAAACAUUCGUUCAAGUGAUGAUAAUCCCGGACUUCAAGAUUUUGAGGCCAGCUUCAUUAGACUUUUGGACAAAAUAACAAAUGGCACCCGAAUUGAAAUUAAUCAAACAGGUACUGUUCUUUUCUACCAGCCGGGCCUGCUCUACGGGGGCGCUGUGGAGCACGACUGCAACCCGCAGCGCUCAGUGGGUUACUACCUGGAGGCCCUUUUGAUGCUGGCCCCCUUCAUGAAGAGUCCACUGCGAGCCACUCUCAAGGGCGUCACCAAUGACCAGCGAGACCCCUCCGUGGAUACAUUGAAGGCCACCUCCAUUCCCCUGAUGAAGCACUUUGGACUUGAUGGCGAGGGUCUUGAGUUGAAGAUUGUAAAACGGGGGAUGCCCCCUGGUGGUGGAGGCGAGGUGUUUUUCUCCUGUCCAGUCCGGCGGACGGUUCGACCCGUCCAGCUGACCGACCCUGGGAAAAUCAAGCGCAUCCGCGGGACGGCAUAUUCAGUAAGAGUUUCCCCACAAAUGGCAAACAGAAUAGUGGACUCUGCCCGGAACAUUCUCAACAAAUUUAUUCCGGAUAUUUACAUACACACAGACCACAUGAAGGGCGCGAAUGCUGGGAAGUCGCCAGGUUUUGGCCUUACGCUUGUGGCCGAGACAACAAAUGGCACGUUCCUAAGCGCGGAGCUCGUCUCCAACCCCCAGGGACAGGGCAGCCCGAUGCUCCCAGAGGACCUCGGGAGGAACUGUGCCAGGCUGCUGCUGGAGGAGAUUUACAGGGGCGGCUGUGUGGACUCGACCAAUCAGACUCUGGCACUCCUCUACAUGACGCUGGGACAGCAGGACGUGUCUAAAGCUGUCCUGGGCCCAUUGUCGCCCUACACAAUCGAGUUCCUCCGGCACGUCAGGGACUUCUUCCAGAUCAUGUUUAAGAUCGAAACUCAGAUGCCAGAGGAGGACAGCCGUAAAGGAGGAAGCAAAGUGCUGGUGGCCUGCGUGGGAGCUGGCUUUGCUAACAUCAGCAAAACCCUCAAAUAAGACUUCAUGUCAGCAUAGUUUUUAAAAAAUCCAAUGUGUAAAGCGUCUGGAAGCUCUGAAUCUGUGAGCCAUCACUUUAGAUAUUUUGUUGCUUAGUACAGAAACGUUUUAUUGAAGACCUUUGUACCACCAUCCCUAAAUAAACAGUGUAAUAAAAUUAAGAUAUUUUGGCA